UCCCGUCCACCAUAAACAUCCACACACAUCAGUCUUAAAGCAGGAAGAAUAGUUACUUGUUGUGUCAUCUAAUAGUACGCUAAGGUAUACAAUGCAUCCCAAGUCGCUUCUGGACAUAUGUGUCGACUUUGUGGUAGACGCAACAGUGUCUUUCCAGCGGUAUUGUCUUGAUAACGAGGCGGUGUGGCGUGACGUGGGUCACCUGUGGGAGGACCUGUGGUACCUGCCGCCUUCUGUGCAUGGUCGUGCCACUCAACUCCUACACGCCCACCUCCUGCACGCCCAAUUCUUACAUGGCAGCCUUGACAGCUAUGUUUACGAUGUAACUCGCCCUCUUCUGACUCUGCUGGCUGUCAAGUCUCGCAAGAUCGCCAUCGUCCCGGUAGAUCGACAGUUUGCAAGUCUCUCCUUCCCAGUUGUGUUUUCUGAUUGUGGAGUGUACAAUGAAGAACAUCAGCUGCAGGAACUGGAUUUAACAGGCGUUGACCUUGGUUUAGAUAUGGAAAUGUUGUUAGCGCUGUUGCCUAGAUGUCCAGAGAUCACGGUACUCAAGUUAGGUGGUAACACUACACCAGAUAUCCUGCAAGCAGCGAAAUGUUGUUUUCUUACGGUUCUCCACAUAAGUGAACGAGCUGCUAAAGAACCUCGAGUCACUGAAAAUGAUUUAAUUGAUAUAAUCUUAGGUUCCAGAAGUCACAGUUCAACAGAGCUCCUGAACAAUGUUCGAUGCGGUAGAAUACUUGAUGUUAAACCAACAUGGCCACGACUUUUAGAUUUUUCUACUGGAUAUUGUAAAUUGUCGGAAAGCUUUCUAGUUUUAUUUCUUGUAAUGUUUAAAAAAAUACAGUAUUUAUCAAGUAAAUCACUAGACUUGCAAAAUGUUAUCCAUGCAUUUAAUGAUUUGACCAGAGAAGUCCCUGAUUUGCAUAGACUUUCCUUAAAGACUUGUCAUGCUCGUGCUGGUGAAGAUUUCCUUGAUACCUUAUCACAAGUUACAACCAAGCUCGAGGAUCUGAAGAUAAUCUACAGGAGACGAAGUAUACAUGGCAUUAUUGGUGAUAUGCUGAAGAUUAAUGAUGACUUCCCAUAUCUGAAAUCUUUACACCUUUACGGUUUGAGACAUGUUGGUCUGGGUGAACUACCCGCUGAGAUUUUCGUCGGUAUAGGGAUGCGACUCAGAGCGUUAGAGCUUGAUGAAAUAUGUUUAAGGGAUGUCGCAUCAUUGUUACAAGUGUUUCCACUUCUUCAGGAUGUAACACUAACUUUCAAGCAUGGAAUAAAAUGUAGCCACCCUGAUCUUCCUGAAGCGCCACGUUUUGAGAACGUGAUCUCUCUCAAGGUCAAGUCGCACCGGCUAAGGCACGAGCCUCUAAAUUUCCUUCUUAGUUUGUGUCCUAAAUUACAGACGCUUAAUGUUCAAGGUAGAGUGUAUAAUGUAGAAAUGUUCUUGGGAUAUCUUGCCCAGUUACUAGAUCUAAGAAUUGUUAAACUAACAGAACUUGAAGAUUUGGAUGUGGUAAGUCUGUGUGAUUUGCCAAGGUUGGUAAGUGAUCGACGGCCCUGGGAACUCUACGUGUCUCCUCAUAUUUUGACUCGAAUGGACAUCAAAACAUUACAGAACUGUGGUUGGACGUACAUACCCUUCAGAGCAUAUAACUUUAAAAUUGGUAACUUGCUUUCAAUAUCUCCACGCCACUGGUGAAGCUGCAGUUUAUACGAGCAGGAAAACGGGCGAGAUACUAAAAAGUGGUAAAAAGUAUGACCUGCUGGGUGGUUACUAGGGAUAUAAGACUAAAGAAGCUGUGACCUGCCUAAGGCAAACUCAAAAGAAAUACGACCCAGUCAAUAACGUCAGAGUCGAUGAUAUACCUCAUGGUUUGUCGACCAAUCCCAACACAGUUAACAAUUACUGGGGGUUGCUGCUCAACCAUUUACAGCCAACAUUCUAUUAACGUCCAUACUCACUCAUAUUACACUCCAUCGUCCAUAAAACAUCCUGUUUUCGUGAGUCAUCCGUAAACACGUCUCCAAGACUCAGUUCAGAGAAAACGAAGAUGAUGUAAUAGUUUGUGUUAGACUUAAGUUAUUAAAUGUUAAGAUAAGAAUAUUUAGUUGUCCAUAAACCUGUGCACGUAGCAAUGAGAUGUAUGUGCAAUCAGAUAACUGAGAUAUUCAAGACUAUUUAAGUAUGUGUUUAACACCUUAAUUGUCUGUAUCUAUUGUGUAAAGUUAGCAGAUCUCUGAGCUAGCGAAACAAGGCUCAGUGUUUCGCGUCCGUCAUACAUUAUCCCGUCUUUGCUGUGUAUUUGAAGUAGUUAAGUAACCUGUGAAUUGACAAAGCUUGUGACUAAGCAUUUAAUCACUAAGACGUAUCUAACUUCUUCUCAAGCUGUUUAUAAGCUGACACCUAAAAAGUUUGAAACACAUAUUCCACUUAUGUGUAUUUCGUGAGUAUUUAAUGUGAAACAAUGAGAGCUCAGUUAAUUGAUUAUUAUGCAUGUGAGAGUUGAGCAAUGAAUGUAGAUCCUUGGCCAUGUUAUUUUUACUGACCUAGGAGUUUACCAGCAUGGAGCUGUGUGAAGGCUGUUAAGGUCUGGGGGCGUCGUGUGACAAGGUGGUGAACUGGAUUCACCCAGUACUGCCUGGCGCUGAGAGAUGUCCAGUGUGUGUGAGAGUCUCUGUUAGGGCUCAGGUGAGGAGUGGAUAGAUCCUACUCAUAGCACCUAAUUAUGUGUCAGCAGUAAUAAGUAGGGUUAAAUAUGAGGUAUAAUAUUCAUGAGUCAUAUAACUGUCACCAGCUCAGUUGUGUGUUUGUCCUGAGUUGAGCUCAUGUGGGUUGUGAGUGGGGGUCGCCACUCAUGUGCUGGCGAGUGAGGAUAGAUAGUGCUGGUGUGCUACUAGUCACAGUGCUAUUGGGUGUGUACUAUGGUGCUGUUACCAAGAUUCCUAAUGGUAAUUAAGAAGUAAUCACUCAGGUGACCUGUAAUUUAGGUGCUCAAUUGUGUUACAUGAAAGGGUACAAUACUGUGUAUGAAGCCAGGGGCUAUUUUGCUUUCGUGAUAUAGAAAGACAAAUGGUGAUUUGUGUUGAAAGGCUUGACUAAGUAAUAAGUACCAAGUGAGUGAACGCAUGGAGAAGAUUCUGGUAUUUUUGUAUUGUUGAAAGUAGUCAAAUACCAAACUUCUUUUUAAUAAAUAAUCUUUAAUGUUUUA